AUGAUUCUGCCAGUGGUGUUCUUGUGUCUCGCAGCUGUGCUGCCUCCGUCCACUGGACAGGAACCUGAAGGUUUUGAUGCUGUGUUAACUAGCAAAACAGGUCAGCAGGAGCUGAUUGUUGACAAACAUAACACCCUCAGGAGAGGAGUAAAACCAACUGCCAGUAACAUGAUGAAGAUGGAAUGGUGUCUUCUGGCUGCAAAGAAUGCCCAAAAAUGGGCCAAUCAAUGUACUUUAAGUCACAGUCCUGCUGACAUGAGGACAACGACUGUGCAAUGUGGUGAAAAUCUCUUCAUGUCAUCCGCCCCUUUCCCAUGGUCAGAUGUUAUUCAGGCCUGGUACAAUGAGGAGAAAGAUUUCGAAUAUGGAACUGGAGCAAAAACACAAGGUGCUGUGAUUGGCCAUUACACUCAGAUGGUUUGGUACAAUUCUUAUCAAAUUGGAUGUGCUGUCGCUUUCUGUCCCACCAGUAAAUACAAAUACUUUUAUGUCUGCCAGUACUGCCCCAUGGGGAAUCUACGAAGUUCAAUUGCGACACCCUACAAAAAAGGAGAACCCUGUGGUGAUUGCCCUAAUGCUUGUGAGAAUGGAUUAUGCACCAAGCUUUGAAAGUUUGAAGGUGUUUAUUCCAACUGCCUUGGCAAAGUCUCCUGGAUGUACCCAUAGCUUCAUCAAGUUCACUGCCCUGCUUCCUGCCAGUGCAAAACUGAGAUAAAAUAACAGGCUCAACUUUUCCCUUCCUGGACAUCCAUCUCCUUAGUGACUUCUUUUACAAAAACAGAUUCCACCUUGUCUCUCCCACAUAUGCA